AAGUCGUCCUCUCAGUCUCAGCUCUCAUUCAGCGACUUGCUAUUCUAGUAUUCUGCCUGAUUCUGCUGUGAAAGAAUUGAAGUUAUCUAUAUAUAAUUAGUUUUUUUUUUAAUUGCAUGGUUUAAACUGGUUUAAACAUGAACCGCGUAUUCUCAGUCACAUUAAAUUGUUGCAUUGCUCGCCGAUUUGACUCGUUUAAACCACUUGUCAUUGCACCUCAAUUUAAACUGUACAGCAGCAAGGUUCAGAAAAAGGAACCAAACAUGGAUGGCAAUACGAUAUUGGCAAAAGCCUUGAAGCAACAGGGGGUUGAAUAUAUGUUUGGAAUUGUGGGUAUACCUGUGAUAGAUGUUGCUAUUGCAGCACAAAGAGAAGGAAUCAAAUAUAUUGGAAUGAGGAAUGAACAAUCUGCUGCUUAUGCGGCGCAAGCAAUAGGGUACUUGACCAAGAAACCUGGAGCUUGUUUGGCUGUUUCAGGACCAGGAUUACUUCACACCAUUGGUGGUAUGGCUAAUGCUCAAUCAAAUGGAUGGCCUCUCAUUGUUAUUGGAGGCUCCAGUGACACUUCACAAGAAGGAUUAGGGGCAUUCCAGGAAUGCCCUCAGGUUGAAGCAACUCGUCUGUUUUGUAAAUACUCUGCUAGACCAGCUAGCUUGAGUGUAAUUCCUCUACAUGUUGAAAAAGCUGUUCGGUUUGCUACAUACGGAAGACCAGGAGCGGCCUACUUAGAUUUUCCCGGCGAUUUGCUGGGUCGUACAGAAUCCGGAGAAGAGAUAGAAAAUCCAUUACCUUUGCCAGAUCCUCCCAAAAGUUGCGCAGAAUUAAGCGACAUAAAGCGAGCUGUCGAUCUUUUGAAAAGUGCCCAGCGGCCUUUACUUGUUGUCGGAAAAGGUGCAGCAUACUCCCGUGCUGAAGGAAUUAUUAACCAGUUCGUGAAAAUGACAAAUAUUCCAGUUUUAGCUACUCCAAUGGGCAAAGGUGUCGUCGACGAUGGUGAUAUCCAUAGUGUUGCUCCUGCUCGUUCGCUUGCUUUGCAAAAAGCUGAUGUCAUUUUGGUACUUGGGGCUCGUCUUAAUUGGAUUUUGCACUUUGGAAGACCUCCUCGAUUCGAUUCAAAAGUUAAAAUCAUUCAAGUUGAUAUCUUACCUGAAGAAGUGCACAACAGUGUCCAAUCGUCUGUUGCCCUUGUCGGCGAUGUUGGGGCAAUAAUGAAUCAGAUAGCUACAGAAAGCCAAACUGCUAGUCUCAAGUAUGAUGGCAAUUCAGAGUGGUGGGCUUCCCUUCGAGCCAAGUGUGAAGCUAACAAGGUCUAUAACACGGGCAUGGCAAAAGAUGUCAGUGUUCCAUUAAAUUACUUUGCUGUUCUUACCUCGGUGCAAAAUCUCAUCCCAAAAGAUUGCAUCAUAGUGAGUGAAGGAGCGAAUACAAUGGAUAUCGGUCGUUCAAUUCUUCAAAACAAACUUCCUCGUCAUCGCCUUGACGCUGGGUCUUUUGGAACCAUGGGAGUAGGACCAGCGUUUGCUAUUGCGGCUGCUAUGCAUUGCCGCGAUAGGGAGCCAACGAAACGGGUUAUUUGCGUCGAAGGAGACUCGGCUAUUGGAUUCAGUGGAAUGGAAAUCGAAACUAUGUUGCGAUACAACCUUCCCAUCAUCAUCAUAGUUGUUAACAACAAUGGAAUUUACAAUGGGCUCGACGCAGAGACUUGGAGUAUUGUUCGUGACGGCCAGGAUCCCACUAUCGCAACCCCACCGUUGAGCUUGUUACCGGAGUGCCACUACGAAAAGUUAGCUCAACUAGGUCAAAAUGGAAAAGGAUUUCUCUGCAAAACCAUUGAUGAACUCACUAUCGCGAUCAAAGAGGCAAUGGAACACACUAGCGGUCCUUCACUCAUCAACGUAUUAAUCAGCCCUGUCGCACAAAGAAAACCUCAAGAACACGAUUGGCUUACACGUUCCAAAUUGUAAAAGCAAGUUGUAUCAAGAAGUUACAUUGUUAAGAUUUCUCUAUCAAUUAUAGCCUAUGGGAUAAAAGGGCGAAUUAAUAAAUCGCAAAUAAGGGUAAAAUAAACUGUAGUUAUAUUGGAAA